UAUCAACAAGAAUCCGCAAAGCUGAGACAGCAAAUACAAAUGUUGCAAAAUUCAAACAGGCACUUGAUGGGUGAUGCUUUAAGCACACUAACUAUGAAGGAACUUAAGCAAUUGGAGAAUAGACUUGAAAGAGGAAUCACUAGAAUCAGAUCUAAGAAACAUGAGAUGCUAUUGGCAGAAAUCGAAUACUUUCAGAAAAGGGUAAUUGAUCUGGAAAAUGAAAAUCUUUGUCUUCGAACUAAGAUAAUUGACGUUGAGAGGAUUCAACAAGUAAACAUGGUUUCUAGACCAGAGCUGAAUGUUAUUCAGGACCAUCUUACCUUUAAAAUUAAUUGUGUUAUUUGCUCGAGAGCUUUCUCUGCAUCAACCAAUUCUCUGUGUCGGACAAAACCCACAACAACUAUGCGCUAUCAACCAAUUACAGGGUCAAUAUAA